AUGGCUUCAGCAGCUGACCUGAAAACGACAAAGCAGGCUCUGAUUUGGAAGAGACCGGCAUCUCCAACUCCGAAGAAAUUUAAGGCGAUUUCAUCCGCCGGAGUACGAGGCCUCCAUAAUUUGGAAAUCAACGUGCCAAAUGCAGUGCUACUCGGUGAGACCGUAACUCUAGAAUGUAGCUGGCAGCUUGAAGAUGAAGAGGCUCUAUACAGCGUCAAAUGGUAUCGCGGAAGAGAAGAAUUCUAUAGAUAUAUACCAAAAGAAUUACCGCACACCAGAGUAUUUCCUCUACCAGGAAUAGAAGUUGAUAUAUCAAGAUCAGGAGCGCGGCGCGUGGUCCUACAGCAGGCGACACCGGCGAUGGCGGGUCGAUUCCGUUGUGAAGUGUCAGCCGACGCGCCAACAUUCCACACGGAAAUACGCUCGGCACCCCUAGAAGUCGUCGGUAAGAUAUCAAACAAGAACCGACGUAUCCAUAUAAAAAAAAUAUAA